GAAUGGUAUUUUUAUUUCGAUAUUUUGGAUUUUUUUCAUCAUUUAAAAUACAUAAUUGAUAUAAUGAUCGAAAAAAUGUCGACCGGAUAAUAACUGUCAAAGCUCACGUAAUGGCGACCGCUGCUAGCAAUCACGCGUAAAAUUAGCGUGACCAACGGUCGUAGAGCUUUCCUUUGUCUGAACUUACUGCUAGACUAUUCUGACGUGUUUCGAAUGCGGUGUGUUAAUGGAGAGAAACGUUCCUGACACGUUUGAAGGGUAUUAUACGAUACUAUUGCCUUCUAGUGAAUACAGUGUGAACGUAAUUGGCCGUUUAGUGCUUUCUUCUGGCAAUCAGUUGUUCGUGGUGUGUUCACAAUUGCAUUAAAACUUGCUGGUGUUAUUUAAUACGGUGUAAAAAUCGAUCAUACAAUAGUAUAAGUGACAUGAAUUAUUUAUAUCUUUUCGUAACAUUCGUUAAAUCCGAUCCAUUUCAUUUAUAUUUGAAAUUUUUAUUUGAUUUUCUUAUAAAUCUUAUAAAUCGAAUAAUCUAAUUUCUAUUUUUUCCUUUCAAAAAUUGUAAAGGAAGAAAUAUCGCGAGAUCGUCGUACUUGAUCGAGCAAUUCGAACACGGAAAGAUCAAGUGUCACGAAGUCACGUAAACGAAAAUGGUCAUGGCAAUACAACGGUGACACGGAGAAACAGUUGAUCAAAAGGCAGUGGGUUUCGUGAUGAAAUGACAUAGUAGCUUUCUACGGAGUGGCAGGGUCAUCUGGGUGCAGCUGCCAAUUGUAAACGAUCACUGCACGAUUCUAUUGUUUCGUUUCGCUGAGGAUUCAUUUGGAAGAUGAUGAUCAAUGAUUUAUUAAUAAUAAUCGAUAAAUCUAUAAACCUAUUAAACAUCUUUUAACAAUUGCAAUUUUCUUGCGAACAAUUUAUUAUUUCCUAUCCUAGGUUAGCUUAUAUGGAUUAACAUAACCUAUAAAAUCCUUACUAUCUUUACACUAAAGAAAGUACAAUAAUUCUCGAUACAUCAUUUUUUUUCAUUUUUAAAAUAUAUCAGAUUCUAAAAAAACUUAGAACCUUCACAACACUGCACACAUAACCAAGAACAAAGAGAAAUAACCAACGGUAUCGUUUUCUUCAGUUCACAAAUAUCAAAAUCACCAACCAUGACCCAACAAUAGCCACACGAAAAGAAACUUGGGAACACUUCUGGUUACGAUUCCGUCAUUAUCGUGAAUCGUUUGGUGAAACGAUGGUGGCCGAGUAUCGUCCGUCGCUCGUUCGAUUCAAACGUCCAGAUACAACCUCUCCUCUCUCUCUUUCUCUCCGUCAAUUCGAAAAUAGACUCGACCCUGAAUUAUUCGCCAGAACGAUCCUCCCUUGUCUCUUCUUUCUCUCGCGUGGCUUUAUCGGGUAGAGAAAUCGACGCGAGCUCGCAGCUAAAUUACCGGCUGGCAGCGUGUACGCGACCGUGAUAGACGCGGCAACACCUAACGCCAGUCACGAUGCCAGCGCCACGUGUAAAAACGGCCAUUGUCGGUACAGAGGGAAAAGAGACUCGUUCCGUCGCGUCGAGCACAUCUGAGGGACGUUUCGGAUCACGGACGAUUCGAUGGGGGGCAAUGUGGCUAACGGAUUGUCCUACGAGCCAACCGUGGACGUGUCCGAUCGUUUUCUGUAUCCUGACCUGUCCUACUAGCCUCCUGCUGCUGCUGCAAUGCCUUUAUGGUACAUUGUUCUACGGAAACUGGGAUCGCGAUAACGGGAAGCUUUGACAUUUCGCCGUGUUAAAUCUGGUACUUUAUCGGUAUUUUGUCGUACGGAAUAGAGCGUAGUGCGACUACAGCUCUAUCGGACAGAAAUUUUUAAUAAGAUUGUCCGAGGAGAUAGGAGGAAGAAUAUAUUAGAAGCUGAGAUUAAAAUUAUAUAUAAGUAGUAAUAUUUUAGGUUAGGUUUAUAUUGUUAGUUGAGCAAUUUUCGAUGAACCGUACAUAGAUGGUGAUCAAAUUUAUAAUAAAGUUAUUAAAGAGUAAUCAAAGUUAAUGAAAUCUUUUUCAUAAUGUUUAAAAAAAAUUAGCGAUAGUUUUAGAUUAACAUUAUAGAGAGAUUCAUUCUACGUUCAAUCAACGUUUCUUUAGUUUUCUGUUCUCAUUUCUAAAAAUAAGUAAUUCUCAAUUUUUCUUAACCUUAAAAAAAAAUCACUAUCAAAAUUACUAUCAUUUUAAUUAUUUUAAUUGACUUUUAGCACUUUAUUUUGAUAUAAUUACAUUGUCAUAUGUUUUACAGGAAUAUUAAAAUGAUCCUUUCACUAAUUCAAAAGCUAAAUUUUUUUCUAAUUUUUCUAAUUUCCUUUAUUUUAUAUGAUAAAAGGUACAAGUUAUUUAUAUAUGAUAAAAGGACGAUUAUAAUUCAAGAAAGACUGGAAAACACUGGACAACACGAUCAUCCAGUAUCUCGAUUCUCGACUUAUGGAUCCGGCGAUCGACGAGCAUCCCUCGGAGGUGGCUCACGCGGGUCAAGGCGAACCACGUGCACGUGCGUGUACACGCAAUGGCGCGAGAACACAGGUGGAUGGUUAACGAGCCCUGGGAAAUUUUUCACCUUUUCCCUCCUCCUUAUUCUUAUUUUUCUUCUUCCUCUACUUGUUCCUCGUGUAAGAACUAGUUUCAUCGAUGUAGUCUUUUUGGUUCAGUUUAUAAUCGUGCGCUACGCAAAUCGAUCUAUAGAUACGGAACGCGUACAGUCCUUUUCUGAUCGAGAUACGGACAUGGGAACCGGUGCUAUACUCGGUGAACCUGCGAUAGGAAUGCGGGAGAAGCGAGUGGAUGCAAAGUUGUAUCGCGAGGAUGAAGUGUGUAACAAUUUCUUGCUGCAAGGUACCGGAAAAGAAAAUUAUAUACGAUUGCUAAAUAGCGAAACGUGGUAUUCGUGGUAUCGAAUGCAAGGUAUUCGCAACAUGUCUACGCCAGUGCAGGGCCACGAUGCUCGGUCACAAUUUUCGAAAGGAUUUCACGCGUACACCUCCUACACGGCGUACAGCGCGGCGUAUAGCAGCCGCUUGACAGCUGUCACCUCGGCCGAGGGGGCGACAAGGCACGGCGAGGCGAGGCGAGCCCCGGUGAUUCAUGCGCCACGGGGGGGCACAAGGAUCCGGCGACCUCCUGUCAAGGAUUCCUUCGUCGCAUACCACGCGCUCGAGGUGACAUCGCGGCCGACUGAUUUAAUCGCGAACACACCGUGUUGCAGUCGCGGGCCCCUCGGCCAUGUGCACGGCAUGGAAUUCGAGUCGGCCCAUUUCCACCCGAUCUUUUCUCUUCACUCGCGUAUAUGUUCUUAUGUCGUUCCUUGGACUGUUUACGGAGCGUUAACAACCGUUUGGCCUGAAAUAGACAUCACCGACUUGACAAGUUACUUGAUGCUAUGAUGGAGAUUCACCAAGGAAGAGGAUUUUGUUAUUUCUUAAAGGAUUAUCCUCGAACAUGUAUAAACAAAAAGGCAAAUUUCGAGUACGUGACUUGAAAAGAGUACUUGGUUUUUCUUCAUUUUUGCUCGCUCGUUCGUUAGGUAAUGGAAUUACCCGAACGCAAUGACACAGCGAUUACAUAAUUGCGACCCUCUCGUUGACUCCUCUCCUCCAGCUCCAUUACUCUCUGUACCCCUCUUCCUUGUCCAUCCUUCUUCCAUCUUCUUUCUCUCUUUCCUGCGUGCGAAGCGUGAGAGGAUGGUCGAUUAUUCUCCAGAGACAAAUGACACGAGGAGUAACGAGCGGCAACGAGACUCGUCAAACGUGUCGUUUCCCGGAGCGUCCGCUUCGUUGGAUUGGAGGGGGUCCAGAAAGGAAAGAACCGAACGUUCACUCGAGGCGGUGACUCGUUAGAUUUUCUCGUAUCGAUUGGAAAUCGGAAACGGGAAGUUGGUUUAAGUUGCCGAUCGUGACUUGCGCUAAAGGUGGCUGAUUCCCUCCAUCAGGGUUCGUUUGUUUAAUCGUGUUUUUGAAAAGAUUUUUUAAAAAGGAUGAAUACUCGUUGGAUGAUCUCGUGCAAUUAUUAGUCUAAUUUGUUAAGUAGAGAGAGUUAUACGGUUCUUUUUGAAAUGAAUAUAAACGUUUCAAGAUCCUGGAACCGGAAGAAUCGACAGCUGUUGUUCAGCCGAAGGCUGUUGGAGACGUGGACGAGGUCCGGGUGUGCCUUAUCGCACCGUGACAUCGGGAAGUCGGUUGCCAGGUUAUCCACGCGAGCGCGUGGACACUCGUCUCGAAUCGUCGAUACAUCAAUGCCCGUUAAAUUGUCUUGAAACGAUUUAUAUAGGCCGGCGGCGACCUUGCGAGUUCCCACACGCGCGAAUAAAUGAACGUGGAGCUGUUCCAGAAAUGCAACAAGAAUUAAGUAAUUCCGAAACUAUCACUCUUUGUACGUACGAUUUGUUGUAAAAGUAAAACUAGAUUAGACGUAGUAGUAGUAAGUCAUUGAGCAAUUUUUAAGUUUUCCUUAAGUGAAGUAGAGAUAGAAUAUGAGAAUAACUUUAUGUUCGUUGAUAAAUAAACUGUUGAUGUAAUUAUUUAACAAA